GAUCCAACGAGACGGAAGUUUCGCGAGGGCAGAAAACGGAGCAAAUCUCUCUUUUUGUUUUUUUGUCUCCGCGGAAAGUUCGUUUGGAGUUCGCGCAACAAGCAGAGGAUAUCCAGUCAAAGCAGGAUGCCAUGCGUUGGAUUUAAUAAGAACUGUGUAAAGGGCUUUUUUUUGCAACCUUAAUCUGUUGUUCAGCGACUCAUGCUGAAUUUCAGUCCAAAGUCAGUCUGCUCUCCAUUCAAGAAGAAUGACAGCUUUCCGCAGAGUGCUCCGAAGGCGAUUGCACCCACUUAAACUGGUGAUAGUGGCCCUGGUCUUUGUCACAUUCGUAUUCCUCAUACAAUGGGAAGUGGGGAGCCAAAGCCAACAGGAGGACCCUUGGCUGAAGGAGAUGGCAGUGAAGCGGGAUGCCAUGCUGGGCAUGAUGAUGGGAGCUGUCAAUAACUUCAGGGAUGUGAUGCCAAAGAUGCAGAUCAGAGCCCCUGUACGACAGCAGGACAAAGCAGACAGCACGUCCUGUCUGCCAGGUCACUACACAGCCGCUGAGCUCAAACCAGCUCUGGAGCGUCCACCUCAGAGCCCUCUUGCUCCCGGAGCUGCUGGGAAACCUUUCCAUACAGACUCACUGAGCCCAGAAGAACAGAAGGAGAAGGAGAGGGGAGAAGAGAAACACUGCUUUAACCUGUAUGCCAGUGACCGCAUCUCCUUGAGCAGAGACCUGGGCGCAGACACAAGACCACCAGAAUGUAUUGAGCAAACCUUUAAGCGAUGCCCCCCCUUGCCGACCACCAGUGUGAUAAUUGUGUUUCACAAUGAAGCUUGGAGCACUCUGCUAAGGACAGUAUACAGUGUCCUCCACACCUCCCCUGCCAUUCUCCUCAAGGAGAUCAUCCUGGUGGACGACGCCAGCGUGGAUGAUGUGUUGAAGGAUGAGCUGGAUGAGUAUUUGAAGCAGCUGAGCAUUGUCCGAGUAGUCCGACAGCGAGAGAGGAAAGGACUCAUCACCGCUCGGCUGCUGGGUGCCUCCGUGGCCACCGGUGACACACUCACCUUUCUCGACGCCCACUGUGAAUGCUUUAAUGGGUGGCUGGAGCCUCUACUGGCAAGGAUAGCAGAGAACUACACUGCAGUAGUCAGUCCUGAUAUAACCACAAUUGAUCUCAAUACCUUUGAGUUCAUGAAACCGUCCCCAUAUGGCCAGAACCACAACCGGGGCAACUUUGACUGGGGCCUGGCUUUUGGCUGGGAGAGUCUCCCAGAUCAUGAGAGACAAAGGAGGAAGGAUGAAACUUAUCCUAUCAAGACUCCCACAUUUGCUGGUGGGCUCUUCUCCAUCUCAAAAGACUACUUCUACCAUAUUGGAAGCUAUGAUGAAGAAAUGGAAAUCUGGGGUGGGGAGAAUAUCGAAAUGUCAUUUAGGGUGUGGCAGUGCGGAGGACAGCUGGAGAUCAUCCCAUGCUCCAUUGUUGGUCAUGUUUUCCGCACAAAGAGCCCCCACACCUUCCCCAAGGGUACACAAGUGAUUGCUCGCAACCAGGUACGACUGGCUGAGGUGUGGAUGGACGACUACAAGGAGAUCUUCUACCGUCGUAACCAACAAGCUGCGCAGAUGGCAAAAGAUAGGACAUUUGGCGAUAUCUCCAAACGCGUGGACCUCCGGGCGCGGCUACAGUGCAAAAGCUUCUCCUGGUAUUUGAAGAACGUUUAUCCAGAAGUCUUCAUGCCUGAUCUCAACCCACUUCGCUUUGGCUCUGUGAAAAAUGUGGGCAAAGACUCAUGUCUGGAUGCUGGAGAGAACAAUGAGGGUGGGAAACAGCUCAUCAUGUACCCAUGUCAUGGACUAGGAGGAAACCAGUAUUUUGAGUACUCCACACAUCACGAGAUUAGACACAACAUUCAGAAGGAGCUGUGUUUGCAUGGGUCGGAGGGGACUGUGAAGCUGGAGGACUGCCAGUAUAAAGGCAGGAACACAUUUGUAGGAGCAGAACAAAAAUGGGAACUGAAGGAUAACCAGUUAUUCUACAUCCCAGGACUGAACAUGUGUCUGAGUGCCCGUCUUGAACAUCCCUCUCUUGCCCUCUGCAACCCCUCAGACAGAUACCAGCUGUGGUCAUUUGUUGUUUGAGUGUGCUACCACUUCACAAAUUGUUACUCUGCAUAGGCAUACUAGGACCGUGAGUACACUAUACUGUAUGCAGUUUUUUUUUUUUAGAUCAACAACAUGGAGUUUUAAUUUAUUUUUAUACAUAGAAGAACUGAACUGCUGCUGCAUUAGGAAAAAUACAGUGUGCCACUGCUGGAAGGAAGCAUUGAAACGAUGCCCCCAAUCAGACUGUGAACUGAGAUUCUUAGAGGAAUGAAGAUGCACUGUGUUGACAAGUGCCUCUUUUGUGUUUGUGAUGUUUUCACUAUUUCAAGUCUUCGCAACCAACACAUGCAGUAUUAGGUAUAUAAAAGCCAACACUGGAUAUGUUCCAUAAAGAUAUGCACAUGAAUCUAAAACAGAAUCAUACUAAACAGCACAGUAAAUCUUGAACACACAAAAAUCCCAAAUGUUACGCGCCAAAGAGACUGAAAGUGAAAAUCUGAAAUGCCAAAAGUAUGGUGUGCAUUUCUUUAUUUUUUUUUUUUGUACCGUCCAGUGCCUUGGAUGUAAUUUUAUUCUGAAUGGGAAAAAUGGUUGAGGGAUGAUGGUGGAAUGGGUGGUGGUGCAAUUUUCUGUUUAUACAGAAUAUCGGGUUCUAUAGUGUUGUGAUCAAAAGAAUCUUCAGAUCAGGGUUGAAGCUGAUAACUAGGGAUGCACCGAUCCACAUUUUUUCACUUCCGAUCCGAUCCCAAUACCUGAAUUUGGAUAUCUGCCGAUACUGAUACUAUUCCGAUACCAGAGCUCUGUUUGU